GGGAUUUUGAUGCAGAAAGAAUAUGGGCAAUGAACAAAAGGAGAAUAGCAAUAAGUAUAGUAUAAUCAUCCCCACCUACAAUGAGCGCCUCAACAUUGCUCUCCUUGUUUAUCUCAUCUUCAAGCAUCUCUCGAAUGUCAAUUUUGAGAUUAUUGUUGUGGAUGAUGGAAGUCCAGAUAGGACUCAAGAUAUUGUUAAACAACUGCAAUUUGUCUAUGGAGAGGAUCGUAUUCUGUUGAGGGCUAGACCUAAGAAGCUUGGUUUAGGUAUGGCUUACAUCCAUGGCCUGAAGCAUGCCUCCGGGAAUUUUGUGGUCAUUAUGGAUGCUGAUUUAUCACACCAUCGAAAAUAUCUUCCAAACUUCAUCAGGAAGCAGAUGGAGACAGGUGCAGAUAUAGUUACUGGAACACGAUAUGUCAAAGGAGGUGGUGUGCAUGGUUGGAAUCUCAUGCGCAAAUUGACAAGCAGGGGAGCAAAUGUCCUUGCGCAGACACUCCUUUGGCCUAGUGUAUUAGACCUAACUGGAUCUUUCCGGCUUUAUAGGAAAUCCGUGCUUCAAGAUGUUAUAAGCUCAUGCGUGAGUAAAGGAUAUGUUUUUCAGAUGGAGAUGAUUGUUCGUGCUACACGAAAAGGUUACAACAUUGCUGAGGUUCCAAUUACUUUUGUCGAUAGAGUGUAUGGGAGUUCAAAGCUUGGAGGAUCUGAAAUAGUUGAGUAUUUGAAAGGUCUUGUAUACCUUCUCCUCACAACUUAA